CCACUGGAGCCGCUUGAAACUGUGGCUGGACGGGUGGCGGCCGGUUGUGCAUCGGGCCAUCGAAUCGCUGCCGCUUCGCCGGCGGCAUGUGCUGGGGCGGCGUAUGGUGAAGAUGCCGCUGUUGCUGUUGCUGUUGCUGUUGCUGCUGCUGCUGCUGCUGCUGUUGCUGCUGCUGCUGCUGGAGCAUCAUGUUUUGCAUCUGGCCCAUAUGCGGCGCGGGGUGCGGGAAGAACUGCUGGAGUUGCUGGGGCGUCUGCGGCGGCGGCUGUACGUAUGGGACGGGUACUUGAGGCACAUAAGGCUGGGCGUAGCCGGCGGUAGGCUGAUAUGGAUUGUAUCCUGGUUGCGGCGGGGGCGGUUGAGCUGGAACAUAAUGCUGCUGCUGCGGCGGUGGUUGCUGGCGCCAGUGAUUUCCCUGGUUCCCGUAACCGUAGUUGGCGUACAGAGCGCUCUGCUCAGCUGGAGGUCGCGCUGGCUGGGCAGCAGUCCAUUGCUGAUUGAAGGUACCGAUGGAUGGCGCGGGCGCUUGUUGCUGCUGAGACGCGUUCCAGUAUGAGUUGUAGUCCGGUUGACCUUGGACAGGCUGAGGCGGAGGCGGUCCUGGAGGCAGCGGUGGAGGGUACGCAGGUUGUUGAACGAACGAAUUUUUAUGCAUUGAUUUUGCCGCGGCUGUGCACAAACUUCCAGCAACCCAAGAUCCGAUUCCAGCACUGUGCUGAUAACGGGAUGUGCGAGGGCAGACCAAAAAGAGGCCAAGAAAUCUGCCUGUAGCCGGAGCGAAGGGUGGGCGAACGCGCUGGCAGGUCCCAAAGAAGGCAAGAUUUUGGAGUGAUUAUUUGAUGGAGGACUAGCCUCGCGUUAUCUCAAUGUAGGGUCUGCGCAUCUUGAACGUUCUCAUUCCAAUGUUUCCGGUCACAAACUGCUACUCAAUUUGCGAAUAGUCAUACAACCAGUAAUAUAUGAGAUCGUCUGUGAACCCCAUUUACAAAUCCCCUCUCGGCGCACCUUAGAAUCCGGAGACAUUCAGUCGAGACUCGAAGAGAUGAAUCGUUCGGCUUACCUGAUAGGUCGCCGGGGUGGCGCAUCGGCAACUCAACUGGAAAAUAUGUCUCUGUGCAACACAAACUUCUCGUGCGUGGGCCCUUGCGUUGCGGGCUUCGGGGUGAAUGAACCAGGGAGCGUGGGGGUCGGAGAUUUAGAAUCGUCGCCUUUAGCUUUGCCUUUGUCCUUCUCGUUGCUAUCGCCCUCCUUCCCCUUGUCCUUGUCCUUCUCCUGGUUCUUCUCUUUCUCCUCCUUCUCCUUGGCUGCUUUCCGUUUCUGUCGAUCUUCCCAGUUCGCUAUAGCCUUCCCGACAUCCUCUUGGCUGACUUCUGGCUUCGGUGUAGCAUCGGGGCUCUUCAACGGGCUCGCAAACCCGGGAUCCGAGAGAUGGACCUGCACAAAGAGACCUCAUCGUAAACACGGACCAGGUCAGGGUAACAUCUCGGACCGGACAGAUGUAGAAAAAAUCGACGGUGUUGAUCGUGGCAAGAACAGUUGGGGUCGGUUUGUAGCAGACGAAGCAAGGUGCAGAGCGCUGGUCUUACUCGUUUGUAGUAUGAGUUGGCGAACGUCGCCAUCUUGAGACAGAGAGACUUGAGAGUGAAAUAACACCGAGAUGUCCGGACCGUCCGUGCCGAGCGGUCUGCCCCGAAUCAACCCGGAUCACCCAAGGUUACCUCCAAGGGGAGGAGCGCGGGGUUACAUGAGUGCUUUGUAGAGGUCAAUGAGGUGCUCGCUGUGGUUGGUCGGGAAAUAACGGGUCGGCAGCUGCACUCGGAUCAAGGACAGUCCGAUCGUGGGCUGGGCGACCAGCGUUCAUCGGAUUAUCUCUCGAUCGGUGUUCCGGCCAGACGUGGAUCAUACAUAAAACUCAGCGACCAAAUGCGAUUUAGUUACUCUAUCAUCGACUCUCCCACUCAUCACUCCAACCCUCUCAAACCGAAAACAUGAGUACCAUUACCUGCAAAGCUGCUGUGUGCUGGGCCGCAGGCGAAGAACUCAAGAUCGAGGACGUCCAGGUCGCUCCUCCUCAAGCGCACGAAGUCAGAAUUAAGAUACUGUACACUGGCAUCUGCCACACUGACGAGUAUACGCGCUCUGGACGCGAUCCCGAGCUAAUUUACGCGAACAGGGUCUAUUCCCUGAGGAGGCAUUGCGAGUCUUUGACUGUCGUCUAUCUGAUGAAACUGACCUCGCUCUUUGCGCAGGUCGAGUCCGUGGGCGAGGGUGUGACCAACGUCGAAGUUGGGGAUCACGUCAUUCCUCUGUACACCGCAGAGUGCCGCGAAUGCAAAUUCUGCAAGAGUGGGAAAACGAACCUGUGCGGGAAAGUCCGUGCGACCCAGGGAAAGGGUCUCAUGCCCGACAACACCAGCCGUUUCUCGAUUAACGGGAAGCCGAUUCACCACUUCAUGGGGACGAGCACUUUCAGCCAGUACACCGUGGUGGCCGACGUGUCGGUCGUCGCUGUGGACAAGAAGGCACCUCUCGAGAAGGUUUGCCUUCUGGGAUGCGGCAUCACGACCGCAUGGGGUGCCGUUAUGAAGCAGCCUGGAAUUAAGGACUCGACGGUCGCUGUCUUUGGCUGCGGUGCUAUCGGUCUCGGUGUCAUUAACACGGCCGCCAUGGUCGGUGCCAGCCGUGUGAUCGCUAUCGACACCAACCCCCGCAAAGAGUCAUGGGCCAAGCGAUUCGGCGCCACAGACUUCGUCAACCCCAGCGAGCUCAAGGAGGGCGUUAAGAUCCAGGACCAUCUCAUCGAGAUGACUGACGGUGGUCUGGACUUCACCUUUGACUGCACCGGAAACGUCCAUGUGAUGAGAUCUGCUCUCGAGGCUUGCCACAAAGGAUGGGGUGUUUCGACUGUGAUCGGUGUUGCGGCUGCUGGCCAGGAAAUUUCGACGAGGCCAUUCCAACUUGUCACCGGCCGUACUUGGCGAGGAUCGGCUUUUGGUGGUGUGAAGGGUCGGACUGAGAUUCCGGGCCUGGUCGAGGAUUACCUCAAGGGCACAUUCAAGAUCGACGAAUAUGUCACCCACACCCGCACUCUUCCAGAGAUCACGGGCGGAUUCCACGACAUGCACCAGGGAGAAUGCAUCCGUUGUGUAGUCAACAUGCAGACCUAAGAUACUUUGUACAAAGAACCACGGUGCCAACCGAUAAACAUGUAGUAUUCUUCAUAUACAAAGCUAGACGGCGCGGUCGACCAUCGUCCUGGGAGGCUGCGAGCCUAUCACCGCUCGCCAGAGAACAAUCAAGGCAGCCCGCACUUCUCGUCGCCUAACGCCGCUCUUCCUCCACAGCGAACGGAAAAUCCACAGCACGCAAAACAAGAACGAGACGUCCAGAGUCAACCGCCGCACGAUAGCCAUCCCCGGCGUCCGGUUCUCGUCCCGGGCAAAGAACUGAGUCAAGGCACGCCCGACUUCCAGUCCACGCGACACGGGGCUGACCAGCAGGGACCACAUCCCCAGGUCGUCCAGAUCCAGCUCCGGGUCAUUGCGCCUCCCUCUCGGCGAGCCUUGGUCCGAGUGGCUUGCGCGUGGGCUUGCGCUGAGACGGGACUGGGACAGCCGUCCCGACGUCGAUUCAAG